AUGCCGCCAGAAGCAGCGGCGGCUCACCAGAAGCUGCACCAAAAAGACAAACUUGAUCAAAUUAUAAACAAAGUUCCACAACCACCGCCCGUCGCCUCCGAUCUCACCCAGCGCCGCCCACGCCAUCGUCCGAUCCCGCCGCCGGUCACCGUCCGUACCCCACCCGCCGUCGUCGCCUUCCAUCUGCCACCUGUCGUCCGCCACAACACCCUCCGCCGUCGAACAAGAGGUUCUCCCGACGAGACGACAACGUGGCCACCGAUGAACGCUUGUUGCAGCGGCGUGCGGCCGCUGGCGUUGUGGUCGCCAGAGCUCGGCCAUCCGGGCGAUGAGGUGGUUGUUGAAAUUGAGUGUGGUCGAUGA